GUUACUUGAAUAUCCUAUAAACUUUUCAGUCUUAUUUUGUUUCUGUCCCAACUAUUUUUAUUCUUUCUGAGUGUGUUUUGUGAGGAUGAAUGUCAGUGUGCAGGUGAUAAAUAAAAGCUGCUGCUUCUUCGACUCCAGCAGAGCUGCCAUUUUGGGAAUCAUGUGAUGGACUGCUGCGCGCUGAUUGGUUGAAAGGGGAGUGACGGUGACUUCGUCUACAAUAAACCGCGCAGCACUGUGUUUUGAAUGUGAAGUGUUAAAAUGAGUAACAAAACCGGGACUAAAGGCUCACAGCACACCGCCACGGUAUGGAAGGGUUGGAAAUUAAACAAGUAGCUCACAAAGCCUGUCAGUAAAACAGCACGGCGCGGGAGGCUCAUGGACACCGUUUGGAGUUUUGGCCAAUCAGCGCGCAGGACUUCAAUCACGUGAUUCUCAAUCAUGGCGGCGCCGGUGGAGGAGGCGAACUUUUCGGCUCGGUUGAGGAGCUCGGUGUGAGGGGACACUAAUAUUGAUCUGAAGCUGCUGACAUGUUGAUUCGGGAAACCUUUAUUGGUUUGUGAUCGAGCGGAGGCGGGCAGAUUGUCUCUCCUGUGUGUGUGAGAGGAUGUUUACUCCGCCCCCUCUGAUUCCUGAGAAUCCCGACCUUUAAGCCCAGACCUUCUAAUGGAUUCAACAGAGGUGGGUCCAUGCUCUUUGAGAGAACCUCCACACAGCCCUGCUCCUGCUGCCUCACAGCUUUGUAGGGAUGUGCCGACGGAAACUUGUACAGAUUCAGGUGGAGAGACAUCAGGCUCUGAGGAACACAUCAACCCCAUGGACCAACAGAAACAUGUAAAGAAGGAUGAACCUGUGGAUGAAGGUUAUCGCAGGAACACAAUUCACACAGGUGAUGAAAUUUCAGGUGAAGCAGCGCCAGGCCCUGUGGGACACGUCACACCUGUGGCUGAACAGAAAUGUAUAAAAAAGGAAGAAGAUGAAGAUUAUCUCUGCGGAGAAACAUCAGACUCUGUGGAAAAUGUUGACCAACAGAGAGGAUUUCAGAGAAAACGUGUAAAAGAGGAGGAGUCUGAAGAUGAAGGUUACCUCUGUACAACAACAGUCUUGGAAAAAGAUGAUGCCCAGUUACAAGUCUUCUCCUGCUUCUGGUGUUCACGUUCCUAUGCAUCUGAAAUUCAUCUCUGCGAACACCUCGCAAGGUGCCACUCCGAGGAAUAUGAGAGACUGAUCAAGUCAGGAGAGAUGAUUAUUCAGAAUCUGAUGCCGGCAAGAAACUCCAGUAUUCAGCAAACAAUUUCUGGUCCUCUGCAAAUGCAGGAAGAAGUUUAUCAGUGCUUGCAGUGUGGGAAAAGUUUUACUGACCAGAAUACUCUCCGAAGACACCUGCGCAGUCACACGGGAGCGAGGCCGUAUCACUGCUCACAGUGUGGGAAGAGUUUUGCCCAACACCGCAGUCUCCAAAGGCAUCAUCGCAUCCAUAAUGGAGAAAAGCCAUACCACUGCUCAGAGUGUGGGAAGAGUUUUAAUCAGCAGAAUAAUCUUCAGACACAUCAGCGGAUCCAUACAGGAGAGAGGCCGUAUCGCUGUUCAAAAUGUGGGAAGAGUUUUGUUCGACAGAGUGAUCUCCAAAUACACCUGCGCAGUCACACAGGAGAGAGGCCGUAUCCCUGCUCACAGUGUGGGAAGAGUUUUGCCCAACACAGUAAUCUCCAAAGGCAUCAGCGCAUUCAUAAUGGAGAAAAGCCAUACCACUGCUCAGAGUGUGGGAAGAGUUUUAAUCAGCAGAAUAAUCUUCAGACACAUCAGCGGAUCCAUACAGGAGAGAGGCCGUAUUACUGCUCACAAUGUGGGAAGAGUUUUAUUCAACAAAGCGAUCUCCAAGCACACCUGCGCAUUCACACGGGCGAGAAGCCGUACCACUGCUUACAGUGUGGGAAGAGUUUUGCUUAUCCCAAUAGUCUCCAACAACACCAAAGCGUUCACACAGGAGAGAAGCCGUAUUGCUGCUCAGAUUGUUGGAAGAGUUUUAAUCAACAUAGUACUUUCAAAGCACACCUGCGCAUUCACACGGGCGAGAAGCCGUAUCACUGCUUACAGUGUGGGAAGAGUUUUAAUCGACAGAGUAAUUUCAAAGCACACCAGCGCGUUCACACAGGAGAAAAGCCACAUUGCUGUUCGCAGUGUGGAAUAAGUUUUGCCCAUCCCAGUAAUCUUCAGCGACACCAACGUGUUCACACAGAACAGAAGCCAUAUCAUUGUUCAGGUUGUGGGAAGAGUUUUAUUCAACAAAGUGAUCUCCAGACACACCAGGUCAUUCACACAAGAGAGAAGCCGUAUCACUGCUCACAGUGUGGGAAGAGUUUUGCCCAACACCGCAGUCUCCAAAGGCAUCAUCGCAUCCAUAAUGGAGAAAAGCCAUACCACUGCUCAGAGUGUGGGAAGAGUUUUAAUCAGCUGAAUAAUCUUCAGACACAUCAGCGGAUCCAUACAGGAGAGAGGCCGUAUCGCUGUUCAAAAUGUGGGAAGAGUUUUGUUCGACAGAGUGAUCUCCAAAUACACCUGCGCAGUCACACAGGAGAGAGGCCGUAUCCCUGCUCACAGUGUGGGAAGAGUUUUGCCCAACACAGUAAUCUCCAAAGGCAUCAGCGCAUUCAUAAUGGAGAAAAGCCAUACCACUGCUCAGAGUGUGGGAAGAGUUUUAAUCAGCAGAAUAAUCUUCAGACACAUCAGCGGAUCCAUACAGGAGAGAGGCCGUAUUACUGCUCACAAUGUGGGAAGAGUUUUAUUCAACAAAGCGAUCUCCAAGCACACCUGCGCAUUCACACGGGCGAGAAGCCGUACCACUGCUUACAGUGUGGGAAGAGUUUUAAUCGACAGAGUAAUUUCAAAGUACACCAGCGCGUUCACACAGGAGAAAAGCCACAUUGCUGCGUGCAGUGUGGAAUAAAUUUUGCCCAUCCCAGUAAUCUUCAGCGACACCAGUGUGUUCAGACAGAACAGAAGCCAUAUCAUUGUUCAGGUUGUGGGAAGAGUUUUAUUCAACAAAGUGAUCUCCAGACACACCAGGUCAUUCACACAAGAGAGAAGCCGUAUCACUGCUUACAGUGUGGGAAGAGUUUUACUCGACAGAGUACUCUGAAAGCACACCAGCACAUUCACACAGGAUAGACUUAUGAACUUAGGCUCAUGCCAUUUAAAAUCUGAAUUUAAAUGUAAAAAAAAAAAUCUGCAUUUUCAUCUUGACAUUUUGAAUUUUUACCAUCUCAUCUGAAAUGCAACUGAUAUUGAAUUUUUGUGACUUUGCAAUCUAAAAUCAGACUAAAUUUGCUUAAAGGUGACUUUUGAUGUUGUGAACUAGCAUGAGGACGUGUUUUUACAGAGACUGCAGAGCACUUCCAUAUAUCGCUCUGGAUAAGGGUGUCUGCCAAAUGCCAUGAAAUGUAAAUGUUUGUUCGAUAUUAAAUGAAAUAAUAAUCCAA